AUGGGUGACCCUUGGAGAGACAUCUUUCGUGACAUGGCGGGAUGGGUCCUUGAAGACCACCCCUUCAUGUUUGCUCAUAUACAAGGCCAACCAGCAACCGCAAAGGCAAUCAAAGUUCCUCUACUUCUACUGGAUACUCUGGUGGGACUGGAAUCAAAUAUGGAAGUCAUACAUAUCACGAAUGCAACAAAGAAGGAUCAAGUCCACAAGGAACGAGAGAAGCUGAGGACAGACAUGCGUCUCACCACACAAAGCACAAAGAGUAUCAAGAUAAUGGACUACGUCGAAGCAACAAAUAUUCUAAGACUUGCUCGUCGGGAGAAUAGCUGGUACCUUCUUGAUAUUGGUAACAACGCUUGUACUGUUAUUAUCAUUGAGGCAGACCCCGACUACUCUGCCGAGUACGCACUCGCUCUGACAACGUGGACUAUCAUGGUCAAGGGACGCAGUACAUUUAAUAAACAUAUGCGCCUAAUGACGAUGUCGUGGGAAGGUAUUCACGAGAUGACCAAAGACAUCUGGAACGAUUGGCCCGUAGCCAGGGAACCCCUACGAGAAUUCGUUCUACCAUGGAUCCAGCGGGAUGGUGGACGAGUCAUUUCAGACUCAAAGAAGAAACUCGGAAUAUCAGCAAUGAAGAAUUGGGUAGACAGAGUCGCCCCUGAUGGCACCCACACCUGUGUCAGCUUCCAAAGGCCGGGAGGACUUGAUGAUUCCUGGGAUGACUGUCACCAAGAUCGCCAGCAGGGGCUGGAGUUCGCAAUUAAAUCUCGACGCAUCCAUUUCAUCAGCCCUGAUUUCAAAACUGCGGAAAAGAUCCCCGACGCAGGCAGACCUCACGUCAUCACGAGUAACACCCGUCGUCGACUGAUUUUCGACCUCGAGACAAGACAGCCCGUCACCGUCACUAUACAAUGCUCAAACUCCGAGGAGAAGCAACAAAUGAGCUGGGUGCAUCGAUUCAGCGGACAAAGCUCAAAUAUAUAUACACAGGAAGGAUUCUCUUAUGACGGCGGACAUCAUCGACGUAUGAGAGUUCAAGAUGAACAACUUGGGGGCUUUGUAGCUGCCUUGAGUGAAUUCGAUAAAUGGCCUAUCGGUAUGGCCAAGACUGUACGUCUUUUCGACAACAGAGGAGAAGAAUAUCAAGUUGCUACCGACAUUGGGCAACGAAUCACUACACAAGGAAUCAUUAAACAUGACGCCAAGUCAACCAUAACUUGGUCACUGGCUCUUCCAGAGGAAACUCACAAGGCUUUCUAUGCUGUUCUACCUCUUGUUGAGUACGAUCAUCGUCUCGCGCUAUUUCUUAGCAUAAAGUCGAAACAUGCCAUGGUUAAUACAGCCAAAGCUCAAAUGACAGCGAUAAUCUCGGGGAGUAUCACGAACUGUUUUGACUUUGUUGGUAAAACACCUCCUGAUGUCGAUGAAAUCGGGGACGCAGCCCGAAUUGGUCUCUUUAAGCGUUUCGCACAUACUGGUACUGUCAUGAAGGGUCUUGGAUUCAUAAAGACUGCGAUAAUCGCAUCACGCUUUUCCAUGAUCUUGCCGGAGAUUCACAUCGCUGAUCAGCAGAUUCAUGUCAACAUGAAUGAAGUAAAGCAUGUCAUGGAACGAUGCAGGAUAUUACUCGAUGUUCUCAACACUUGCGAUUACAACGUUGAUGAAACUUUGCCUUUUACCCAGGAAGAAGAGAAGGCUCUUGAAUUCGAUCAUCUCAUGGAGGUUUGGUCACAUCUCCUGAGAGCGUAUACGUACCAAAUCGCCCUUGUCACAAUCAACAGGCACGGCGAUAUGUUCAUUAUUGAUCUUGUUUCUCAAACUCGCCUCGAAGCAAGUUUCGAAGUGCGGAAUAGUCUCGAAUGGUGGGCUCUCCCAAAGAACAAGAACGACUACGUUGUGGGUAUUUACACUAGAGCUAGUCGUGAGCGAGGGAGGACUACGAUUCAAGACUGGAAUUGGAUCCCGCCGCAGGUUUGGGAUCGCUGGGACGCUGAAUUACCAAGGGGCGUUAAAGGGCUGCGAACCAAGUUCAAGUUGACUGAGAAUCAUGAUGAGGUUGUCGAUGAUACUUGA